AUCACGCGGCAUCUUUCUUUUGCCACGCACUUUCCUUUUCCUCUUUUCUUUCUCUUACUCUGUUCACGCUCCUCUCUCUCUCUCUUUCAAAAUCCAUUCCCAAUUUCCCUUUCUCAAUCUCAUCAUUCGUUUCUUAAUUUCUCCAACUACGACUCCGACGAGGAGAUUAGGCGAUGAUGUUGCGGUUCUGCUGCCGGCCUCUUGAACGCUGCUUCGGGAGGCGACCUGGUGUUGGUGGUGGUGGUGGUGGUGAUGCCUUGAUGUGGCAUACGGAUUUGAAAUCGCACGCUUCCGGUGACUAUUCGAUUGCGGUGGUUCAAGCUAACUCUAAUUUGGAGGAUCAGAGCCAAGUGUUUACGUCUCCUUCCGCGACUUAUGUUGGGGUUUAUGAUGGCCAUGGUGGUCCUGAGGCUUCUAGAUUCGUUAACAAGCAUCUCUUCCCUUUCAUGCAUAAAUUUGCUAUAGAGCAAGGGGGAUUAUCAGCUGAUGUCAUAAAGAGAGCGUUUAAUGCCACGGAGGAGGAAUUUUGUCAUUUAGUGAAACGAUCAUUGCCAGUGAAACCGCAAAUUGCGUCAGUUGGAUCAUGUUGUCUAGUUGGAGCAAUCACAAAUGAUGUCUUAUAUGUUGCAAAUUUAGGGGACUCGAGAGCAGUCCUUGGACGAAGAACUUAUGAAGAUAAAAAAAAACCAGUGGUAGCAGAACGGUUAUCAACAGAUCACAAUGUUGCUGUGGAGGAGGUUAGGAAGGAAGUUGAGGCACUUCAUCCUGAUGAUUCGCAUAUUGUGGUUUAUACACGUGGGGUUUGGAGAAUUAAGGGCAUAAUUCAGGUAUCUAGAUCUAUUGGUGAUGUUUAUCUGAAGAAACCUGAAUUUAACAGAGAUCCGUUGUUUCAGCAAUUUGGAAACCCUAUUCCUUUAAAGCGGCCGGUUAUGACAGCAGAACCCUCAAUACUCAUUAGAAAGAUCAGACCACAGGAUUUGUUCCUGAUCUUUGCUUCAGAUGGUCUUUGGGAACAGCUGAGUGAUCAAGCAGCUGUGGAGAUUGUUUUCAAAUACCCUAGAGCUGGAAUAGCUAAGAGAUUGGUGAGAGCUGCUCUUCAGGAAGCUGCGAAGAAAAGAGAAAUGAGGUAUGAUGAUAUAAAGAAAAUUGACAGGGGCAUAAGGCGUCACUUUCACGAUGAUAUCACUGUGAUAGUAAUUUAUCUUGAUCACAAAGGCCCCUCAAAUGAUAGAUCGAAGCAGAAUGCCAUUGGCUGCACCACUGCUCCUGUCGAUAUUUUCUCUCUAAAUGCAGACCAAGUAGAAAAGGAUUUUCUUCAUUCAAUUUCUUGAGGAAACCCUUUGGGAGGGUGAUACUGACUUCUGGAUGUUUAGGUUAUACUUAUGGGUUGCAGAUUGACGCUGGACGUAAGACAGGUUUCUUCCUUGUGUAGAUAAGUUGAUGGAUAGGUGGAUGCCUAUGGAAAUUGGGAUUAAAAGAAAAAGAAAAUAAAAACUGCCAUAAACUUUUCCAUGUGAAGAUCUAACCAUGUUUUUCUUCAUUCUGCUGAUGAUUUAUUGAUUUUAUAGAUUGCCAUCAAUUUUGUACUCCUUUUUCAGAAAUUAGAUCUCCUUCUCUGUGA